AUGAGCUUCUGGAACCUCACCAACACUCCUUCCCACGGCCAAAAAGCGCCCCGGGGACUCUUUAACUCCAAUCCCAACCCCCAAACGCCGCCGCUCGACUCCAUCCUCUCGACUACUUCACGCCCCACGAGCAGGAGCUGUUGCGGCCUUGUCCCACUCCAAGGCGCCACGCAAAAAGACGCGGUGGUGGUGGCGGUGGUGGGGCUGGGGCUGCGUUGGGCGGCGAUCCAGGAGAAGAAUCGGUGGCGGUAUGCGGAGCUGUUGAGGACGGAGCGGUUUGAGGGGUGGGCGGGGAAGGCGGAUUUGGGGUUCAAGUUGGCGUUGGUGUGGUUUGGGUUGCCGGUGGCGCCGAUGGGGGUGGUGGAUGGUGUGGGCGGUGAUGGGGAGGGGAGUGAGAGUGAAGGGGAGGGUUCGGAUGAAGAGGGAGGGGUGUUGGGGUUUUUGGAUGGGUAUACCGAGAGGGCUUAUGGGAAGGAUGUGGGUGUGAGAGCGCCGGAUCCGACGAUGGAGGCUUAUUAUCUCAAGGAGAGGGGUCAGGGGUUCGCAGAGACUCCAACGGUUAUGCCGCCGGUCCGCCUUCGAGGCGGUGGACCACUCAAACAGGACUCCAAAUCCAUUGCGUCCAUUGAGAACAACGAGGAUACGCCUCACGGCACUUCGGUCAGCGACUUUGGCGGGCUGGAGCUCCGUGGGGGCGCCGCUCGCCGCGUCCGCGUAGGCAAGGCCGCCCAGGGACCCCUCAGCCCCGAGAAACCAAAGAACCAAGCCCGCGCUUCCCCCCUCUUUACCGCUCUCGGAGGCCCGUCCUCUGGUCCAGAGGAGUGCUGGUUUCAGAUGCAUGGCUACCAAGGCAUGGUCUGGUUCCGGACGGACCGACUCUUCACGCCCGAGCGAGACGAGUUCCUCAGCGACCUCAAGGGAAACGGUAUGACGAUCUGGGCCGCUGGCCCUGGCGACUACGGCAACGAUCGGAUGGCCUUGGACUGGCUCUGUGACCGGAUAGGAGCGGCUGUAGAGGACCAGAUGGCAUCCCAAAAGGUUCUUUUUGUCGCUGGGCCAGCCGACCCGAUCCCCUGGAAAUGGGAACCCGAUGACUCUCACCGUAUCCAGGAGGUCAGCCUUGUUUGGCCCCAAGCACCCCAUAUGAACCGGCCCGAUGUUGCUUACCUUCGGAUGCCUGAGAAUCCCGCCGACGUCAUAUACACGAACCAGUAUGUCCCGUGGAUAGCCAAUGUGUGUCGGGUGCUCGCCGCCGGCCGUAUCCCCGGCCGCCCCGGCUAUCCUGCCAUCCCGGAUGCUUGGUUCACCCUACGCUAUCCCCCUGGGGACAACGAGGGCGGUACAUAUGGCGGCUUGGCUUUUCCGCCACUGUUCUGGGAUGCAAUGGUCAAGGCAUGGGGGGACGACCAGAUCGCUUCGACCCAGCUUCAAGCCAGAACGGGCCCAGGGAGCAACGACGGGACCACCGACCGCUGGCAUCUGUUUUUCCCCGGGACGACGUUACCUUACGAGAAACAGUAUAUCCUACACAGCGAAGUUGGAAAUGUCCAAUUGGUGCGACAGAGGAUCAUGGACUUACUGGGGAGGUCCAUGGUAUCGACGGGCUUUUCCCGGAUCCAGGCCGUCGAAGUGUAUUUGCCGGGCCCCGGGUUCUUCCUCGGUUCAAAGCCAACGCUUGAGGUCCCCGUAUCAGAUACCGAUGGAGGUAGCUGGGAUAUGGCAUUCCAGCCCGUUAUGGAGCUCCUAGUUGGGCGAGUAGGACAUUUGACCAGGAAAAAAGGAGUUGAUCCGGUGCCAAACGGGCUGGGCCUCUACCCCCAAUUUCUGUCGCUCCGUCCUGUUUUCAAGCGCUAUCUGAUCGGCGACGCCGACGACGUCAUCGCACCGUUGCCCUGGAACCCCAACACCACAACCGUGGAUCAGUUCCGGCAUCUUGCCGGGCGUGUGUUCUCAGCUCUUGCCUCAGAGCUUGAUGAGGAGCAGUUGUACUCGCAUGAGAAGUCAUGGAUUGCCAUCUCGCAAGGUCGUCAGAUUCCGCCCGAUAACUAUUUGGACGAGAACAACCCAAAGCUCCUCGUCGGCCCCAAGACCACAGAAGCCGAGUGGGAGUCGAUGCGCAAACUCAUCGUCGACUCUCGCCUGUGCGUCUCUCUGGUCGAUGCAAAAAGACUGCCCCGGUUCGGAGACCUCAAGACCACGCAGCCUUUUGGAUUCAAUGACAUCUACGAGACGCCUGACGCGCUGCUGUACCGUACUAUCAAGCAGGACCAACUUCCGGCACCUAGACGCUACUACGACUGGCAGUUGAAUGAGAAGAAUGUCACGACGCAGUUGGAGACAGUGCAGCCGUGGGAAGAGCAGUCCGGAUCUCUUGCCAUGAUAUGGGGAGUUGAGGAGUUCCCCUUACGACCACCGCCAGGUACCAAGCUGCCGGGAACAGUUGCGGGGCUUCCCGAUUUCGAGAAGGAAAAUCCGACAGACCCAGGGGGUGCGCCCGUAAAGCAAGUCCACGACUCCAGGGACAGUCUGGGGUUCCGACCUGCGACCAACGUUGAGAAGGGUCAGCGUCUACGGGGGCGUAGCUACGCCCACCCGCUCGAUGUGCGGAUGCACAUGUCGGUACCCAUCAACGCGCCGCCGGUGGACAAGCUGCUCGACCUGAGACACGACAGUGUGCCGGUUGUCUCCUUGUCCGUCCUGACCCCUACCGAGGUGCGCCGGCUGCAGCGGGACUAUCACAACUUGCGAAACCUGGCCUUGUCCCGCGUCGAGCGGUGCCCGUACCCGAACUGCCAUGUCGUGUAUCCUGCAAACGAUCCCAAGGCGAUAGACAAACAUCUGCAGACACGCACGCGGGCAGCCGCAGCCUGGAUGCCAAACCCGGCACCACCGCCGCCGUCGGCGCCGGCGGCAGCAGCCCCAGCGAAAGCGACCGGGAAAACGGGGGCGAAGGGAAAAGCCUCCCAGAAGGCCGCUGAAAAGCACCCAGCCAAGGUCCCAGCCAAAGCAAAAACCGCAGCGAAGGCUAAAACAACCCCAGCCAAGUCCGCAGCAACACCCAAGACAACCAAGGCCAAACCCAAACCCAACCCCAACCCGAAACCCACACCAACUACCUCAACCCCCGCAACAGCAGCCCCCCCAAAGGCACCAACACCAGCCCCCUCCCAAGCCCGAACCCGCAAAACCCCGCCAACCCCUUCACCCACCAUGCUAACGCGCAACCAAGCCCGGGCCCAACGCGAAGCCGAAGCCGCCGCCGCCUCCGAGGCAGAAAGCCAACAACAGCAGCAGCAGGAGGGUGAGGAAACGCCCAAGAAAAGCGUCUCGGCCAAGGCGGCGCGCACCGUGUCCUACGCUGACCCGCUGGAGCACGGCGCGUCGCCGGUGCGCGGGCCCGGGGCCGGGGCGCGUAGGCUGGGGCCGGCGAUUCAUCUAGCGGGAGUGGGUGGGCUUGGAAGGUGA